UAAUUCCAUGACUUUUGGCGUUGCCACAUCCACACUAAAAACCUUUAGACCUCACAGCCGCUAUCCAUUUGCAACAACAAUAGGAGGGAGCGUAGACUCACGACUACUAACUCGACUUCAUAUGGGAAUUUCCCAUCAAUUGGUAUGGGCAUCUGUAGGAUUAUCUCUUCUUAGCAAACCCUUCCAAAAAGAAAAAUACUAAUAGGAGAAAAACACAAGCGGAUGAUGUCCAAAUGUGGAGGGGUCAUAACGGUAAAUAGACAAUAAAAGCCCUCCUCACAGUCACUAGCAGGUGGUCUAGCGUCACACAUCUCCUUUAUUAACGGCUUCAUCAUUGCUCAGAUAAACGUACUGCUACUCCUUCUCUCUCUCCCUCAUUGUUAGUGGAAGACGGAACUCCAAUCUCCAAAGACAAUCACUUAUAGACAAAGCUCAGCUUUCAUGGCUCCUGUUAGUUUCUUGAGUUGAUUCUCCUCUGGUCUCUCUUUCUUUUCUUGCGAUGUUCUUUGUUUAAUGUAUAUCAAAAUCACCAUUACCACAUCCAUCUCUGUAUCAUUUCCAGAUCUAUCAUUAUACUCUCUAAAUCUCUGUUCUAAUUUGUAAUUUUUCCUUUUUAAUCACUUCAUAAUCUCUUCUUCAAAAAUUUUUUAUAUAUAUAUUUUUCACCUUCUUUGUGCUUGGCACUAUUUAUAGAAUCACCAGAAACCUCAUUAUUUUAGUCCGUAUUGAAUUCGCCCUCCAAAACUAGCCAAAAUUACGAAAAUGUCACUACCUUUUCUUUCCCUUUUUCUCGGGGUUUCUGUUUUCGUUCUCUUUUUCAGUCAUUUUGCGGUGGCCGGAGUGGUGACCUGCUCAGGGAUAGUACCGAUGAGGUAUAGGAACGACAAGAUAUCAAUAACGGACUUUGGAGGCGUCGGCGAUGGGAGGACGCUGAACACCAAGGCCUUUAGGGAGGCAAUAUAUCGGAUUCAACAUCUGAGGAGGAGAGGUGGUACGCUGCUCUAUAUACCUCCUGGGGUUUACUUAACGGGGAGUUUCAAUCUCACUAGCCGCAUGACUCUCUACUUGGCUAGAGGUGCCGUUAUUAAGGCCACUCAGGAUUCUUGGGAUUGGCCCUUAAUUGCUCCCUUGCCAUCGUAUGGAAGAGGGAGGGAGCGCCCUGGUGGGAGGUAUAUGAGCUUUAUUCAUGGAGAUGGACUUCAUGAUGUGGUAAUCACAGGUGAGAAUGGGACGAUUGAUGGACAAGGAGAUGUCUGGUGGAACAUGUGGAGGCAGAGAACUCUCCAAUUUACAAGACCUAAUCUUGUUGAAAUUAUAAAUUCAAGAAGCAUAAUUAUAUCCAAUGUGAUUUUCCAGAACUCUCCCUUUUGGAACAUUCAUCCUGUUUAUUGCAGCAAUGUUGUUAUCCAAUUUGUUACCAUCUUGGCCCCACACGAUUCUCCCAAUACUGAUGGAAUUGAUCCAGAUUCAAGCUCUAACGUAUGCAUAGAGGAUUCGUUCAUUUCUACUGGAGAUGAUCUUGUAGCUGUGAAAAGCGGGUGGGAUGAAUAUGGGAUAGCUUAUGGUCGACCAAGCUCUGGCAUCACAAUCCGGCGAGUAAGAGGAUCAUCUCCUUUUGCUGGAAUUGCGGUUGGAAGUGAAACCUCUGGUGGGGUGGAGAAUGUCUUGGCAGAAAACAUAAGCCUCUACAAUAUGGGAGUUGGCAUACAUGUAAAAACAAACACUGGCAGAGGAGGGUUUAUAAGAAAUAUCACAUUUUCUGAUGUGUAUAUGGAAAACGUGCGCAAGGGGAUAAAGAUUGCAGGUGAUGUUGGAGAUCACCCAGAUGACAAUUUCAAUCCAAAUGCUCUCCCAGUUGUUAAGGGUAUCACGCUUAGAAGUGUUUGGGGGGAGAAGGUUCAGCAACCGGGUUCCAUACAAGGCCUGAAGAACUCUCCUUUCACUGCUAUAUGUCUGUCCAACAUCAACCUACAUGGCGUCCCAGGACCAAGAUCUACUCAAUGGAAGUGCUCUGAUGUAAGUGGUGCUGCUCAUGAGGUAAGCCCAUGGCCAUGUUCUGAGCUUACUGCCACACAUCAGGCUGCUUCAUGUUCUGAUCAUAUUUAAUAUUGUGUAAUUCUUUUUUCAUUUCAGUUCAAAAAAUAAAAGUCUUGAAUUUUUCGCACUUAAAAAUGAACGAAUAUUCAUCGGCCACAAGCAAACUAUAAUGACAAAAUCAUUCUACAUUA